AUGGCCAUCGCCCUCAACGCAGGCGGCGCGACCAAUGCCGCGUCGUCGUACUACCUCCCGUUGGACCGCGUCACGCGCGCUCUCAAGUUGUUGCAACAGGGCGAGGUCGUGACCCGAGGCACGUGGCAAACCAUAUUUCGCCACGUCCCGUUCGACGAAGCCAGGCAGUUGGGCUUGUCAUCGACCACUGAAGCAUCCAUACGACGCCAGAGCGGUUCCGUAUUGGGCGUGUUAGUGGUGGACCAAGUGCUGCCGGAAGGCCCCGCCGACGGCAUCUUGGACGUCGGAGAUAUCCUUCUCAAAAUCAAUGGCCAGUAUUGUACGACGUUUUUAGCGUUGGAGUCGAUCCUUGACGACUCGAUCGGACAGUCCCUCUUGGUGACAUUUCAACGAGGAGGUGCCAGGCCAGUGGAUGGUCAUGUGACUGUGCAGGAUCUACAUGCGAUCUCACCGAGCCGCUUUCUCGAAGUCGGCCAUUGCGUGAUCCACGAGUUAUCAUACCAACAAGCCCGCAACAUGGCGCUGCCUGUUGGCGGCGUCUACGUGGCCGCACCAGGACACAUGCUGUUCAAGGCGGACAUUUUUGAAUCGUGCUUGAUUGUGUCCCUGGACGACAUUGUCACGCCGACGUUGGACGCGUUCGUCGCGAUUUUGCAACAGUUGCCCGACGGCUCCCGCGUCAGCUUGCAGUACUUUUACAGCGCCAGCCGCCACCAGACCGAGACCGCCGUCGUCACGAUCGAUCGGCACUGGGGGCCGAUGCAAAUGUACUCACGAUCGGACCAAGACGGCCUGUGGCAUCCGACGGUCCUUCCGUGCGUCCCGUCAAAGCCGUGCGACGUACGCAAGGAAUCGGCCGGUGCGUCCGAUCCGCCCAUGGCGUCGUCUGCCGACCCGAAGGACGACGUUGUGGACGCAUCCGUUGUCGCAACGUCGACCGGCACCUCGGCACCUCGUACAAACGACUCGAAUGGUGCUGCCUCCACAUACGCGCCUCCCGGCGCUGCCUCGACCACUCGUUUGCAAGUAGAAAACGCCGUCACGGCCACUCACUUGGCGUCGCUCGUUUUUGUUCGAUUCGACACGCACUUGACGAUCGACGGCAUGUCGACUUCGUGCUACGAUGGCGUCGGGUACGUCGUGAAUGCCUCGUUGGGCAUUGUACUUGUGGACAAGUUCACUGUCCCUGUCUCGCUGGGCGACGUGACCGUCACGAUAGCCGGGUCGUUGCAAGUCCCCGCGGCGAUUCGAUAUGUCGACCCCAUCUAUAACGCCACAAUUGUCCAGUACAACCCGGAUCUCGUCACGCCCGGCCUGGUUUCGAGCAUGCACAUCGCCCACACAACGGCGCCCCCGGACUGCCUUCGGGUCGGCGCGUCGCUGUCGUUCACCGGGCUCUCGCGAAAUUGGACGGUUGUCACGGCCACGACGGUCGUCAGCAAAGUCGAGCGCCUCCCCGUCGUCGAUUUCCGCGUCCCACGAUUUAAGGGCAGCAGUUGCCAAGUCGAAUUGAUGUCGCUGGACCAGCAAAUUGCCGCCGCACGCGGUGGCGUGUUCACCGACCCGAACGACCCCACCGCUGUCGUCGCGCUGUACUUAGCAUUCGAAGACGAAGAAACCACCGACGGCCGCAUCCAAGCGUUUGCGUUUGGGGUGCCAGUAUUCUGGAUAUAUGAUCUCGUCAACUUGUGCCAGCAACGCGACGUGCGCCUGCCGUCAACGGUGUCGUGGCUGCCGGUGGAUUUUGGAACGCUCGGCUUGGCCGACGCCCGCGCCGGUUUCCACUUGGCACCCGACAUGCUCUCGGCGCUCGAACAAUGCACAGACGACACACGGCAAGUCCUGACCGUUCAAAAGUGCAUGACUGGUAGCCAGGCAAGUCGCCAACUCCGCAGCGGCGACUUUGUCUUGGCCAUCGACGGGCUAGUCGUCGCCAAGUCGUCCGACGUUGUUCGAUCUUGUCGUGGCAAAUCCAGUGUGGCCGUGACGGUGUGGCGGGACCGGAAGGCGGUGGUCGUCCCUGUUGACAUGUGCGAGUUGAGCACGCGAGGGACGGAUCGUGUGGUUCUCUGGAGCGGUCUCAUGCUCCAUGCACCCCACGUGGCCGUCAUGCAGCGAGGUUUGGACGGCCGUGAGACGAGCGGCGUGUACGUGUCGUAUCGGUACCGCGGCAGUCCGGCAGACAAAGCCGGCAUGCUGCAGUCGCAGUUCAUCGUGCAAGUGAACGACGUGGCAACCCCAACGCUCGACACGUUCUUAACCAUCGUGACCACGCUGGCACAUGACGAGUUUGUGCGGCUCCGCCUGGUCGACUUGAACGCGCGGGAAACCAUGAUCACUAUCCAACCAGACAAUCAUUACUGGCCCACGACCGACCUGUCUUACGAUGGCAACAAGUGGAGCGUCACCACGGCCUCCAGGUCGACUGGAGUAGAGCAGAGUUGUUAGGGCUAUGACAGUGUACCCAACCUGGUGUGCAUCGUUGGGCUUGACCAGUGGCACAACCAACCUACUUCGUUCCUCAUUCGAACGGUGGAGCAUGUUUAACAAUCUGGAAGCACGAAAUGAUCCUCCA